AUGGAAUCAGAUCAGGGAAAGCUAUUUAUCGGCGGGAUUUCAUGGGACACCGACGAGAAUCUCCUGAGAGAGUACUUCACCAAUUACGGCGAGGUUUUGCAAGUGACCGUCAUGCGAGAGAAAGCUACAGGUCGUCCUCGAGGAUUCGGAUUCGUUUCCUUCUCCGAUCCCUCCGUCAUUGAUAGGGUUCUUCAAAACAAGCACCAUAUCGAUAAUAGAGAUGUUGAUGUGAAGAGAGCAAUGUCUAGAGAAGAGCAGAGCCCUGGUGGUAGUAGACCAGGUAGUUUUAGUGCGUCUAGGAGUUUUGAUAGUGGAGCUAACGUCAGGACUAAGAAGAUAUUCGUGGGAGGUUUGCCUCCUGCGUUAACAUCAGAUGAGUUUAGAGCUUACUUCGAGACUUACGGUCCUGUGAGUGAUGCGGUGAUUAUGAUUGACCAGACUACGCAACGGCCUAGAGGGUUUGGGUUUGUUUCAUUUGAUUCUGAAGAUUCUGUUGACCUUGUUUUGCACAAGAUUUUCCACGAUUUGAAUGGUAAACAAGUAGAAGUUAAAAGAGCUCUUCCUAAAGAUGCUAAUCCUGGAGUAGCCAGCGGUGGUGGUCGUGGUUUCCCGGGAUAUGGUGGUGGAGGUGGAUACGAGGGUCGUGUUGAUUCGAGUAGAUAUAUGCCGCCACAAAACGCUGGGAGUGGUUAUCCUCCUUAUGGUGGUUCUGGAUAUGGUACUACUGGUUAUGGUUAUGGCAGUAACGGUGUAGGUUAUGGGGGUUUUGGAGGGUAUGGGAAUCCAUCUGGUGCUGCGCCUUAUGGGAACCCUGGUGUCCCUGGAGCUGGGUUUGGAAGUGGUCCAAGAAGUUCUUGGGGAGGUCAAGCACCAUCAGGUUAUGGUAAUGUGGGUUAUGGAAAUGCUGCUGCUGGUGCUCCGUGGGGCGGUUCUGGUCCUGGUUCAGCAGUGAUGGGUCAAGCAGGUGCAUCUGCAGGUUAUGGGUAUGGUGCAAAUGAUUCUUCUUAUGGAGCUCCAUCUGGUUAUGGUGCAGUUGGUGGGCGGCCUAACAGCUAUGGCGGUGGCUAUCCUGAUGCUUUAGAUGGCUCUGGAGGAUAUGGGAGUCACCAAGGGAACGGGCAAGGUGGUUAUGGUGGAGGUUAUGGAAGUGGUAAUCAAGCUCUGCAACAGUGA